AUGUUUCGGCCUUGGCUCUUCCUCUCGUUCACUAUACUCGAACUGGUUGGCUUGACCUUUGAACGUCCUCUGACCAUCUCUCAGACAAUUCUUUCUGUCUCUGAAGGGACAUCACUUCAUGGAGGCACUAAGGUUCUUAUCCUGGGUGGUGGCGUCGCAGGAGUCUCUGCAGCUCGUGCGCUUCACGAGCAAGGCAUAUCCGACUUUAUCAUUUUGGAAGCUCGUGAUCAGCUCGGCGGGCGUAUGAUGAGCCACACAUUCGGAGUUCAGGACAAGAAUUACACUGUUGAAGUUGGUGCAAAUUGGAUCCAGGGGACGCGCAGUGUCACUGGCACUGAGAAUCCCAUAUGGAGUAUUGCGAAGAAGCACAAUGUUGCCACUCGGACAAGUCACUAUUCCAGCAGUUUGACCACGUACGACGACGCGGGGCUAUGCGAAUUCUGGGACAUUUUCAAAGCAUCGUCUGAGAGUUUCAAGAGACUGAUUGCCUCUGCCGGGUCUCGCGCGCCGAAGCGGCUAGUCGACAUGAGCGCACGCAGUGGAUAUUCGCUCACGGGUUCAAGACCUGAUAGCCGCCAUGCCAUGGCGGCUGAGUACUACCGAUUUGACUGGGAAUUCGCCGCCACACCUGAAGACACGUCGUGGCUCGCCUCGUCUUGGGCGCACAAUAACACAUUUAGACCAGAUGCGGGCGGCUUCUCGCCCGAGAACCUACUCGCGGUGGACCAGCGUGGCUUCAAGACACUCAUACAAGCCGAGGCUGAAUCAUUCUUGCAACCACACCAGCUGCGCUUAAAUUCCACGGUCAGCGCUAUCUGGACUGCGAAGCAUGGCGUGCAGGUCGUUCUCACUAGUGGUGAGACUCUGACCGCGGAUUACGCUCUGUGUACCUUCAGUCUGGGUGUGCUCCAGAAUGAUGAUAUACAGUUCGUGCCCGAGUUGCCUGCAUGGAAGCAGGAGGCCAUCCAUAGCAUGACAAUGAGUACCUACACCAAGAUAUUCCUACAAUUUCCGCAGAAAUUUUGGUUCGAUACUGAGAUGGCACUAUACGCAGAUCAUGAACGCGGUAGAUAUCCCGUUUGGCAGAGUCUUGACCAUGAAGACUUCUUCCCUGGCUCCGGAAUUAUUUUCGUGACUGUAACGGGCGAGUUUUCGAAACGCGUUGAGUCUAUGCCAGACUCCCAUGUCAAGUCGGAAGUGCUGUCAGUGUUACAGUCCAUGUACCCGAAUACAUGUAUCCCCGAACCCCUCGAUUUCUACUUCCAGCGCUGGCAUAGUGAUCCUCUGUUCCAUGGCUCUUACUCGAAUUGGCCUGCCUCGUUCAUGAGCGAGCAUCAGGGCAACCUCAGGGCCACAGUCGAGGAGCGACUAUGGUUCGCGGGCGAGGCCACGAGCAAGAAGUACUUCGGAUAUCUCCACGGUGCAUAUUAUGAGGGCCAGGAUAUUGGCCGAAGACUAGCGGAAUGCGUCAAAGGCGGCGGCUGCGUCACCUUGAAGCAUAUCGAAUGGGUGCAGAAUGCCAGGCCAUAUGAUGCAAUGGCCAGCAUCUGA